AUGGCCGAUCGAUACCGCAAUAGCGUCGGCYGCUCAACGAGCAAGCGGCAGCGUCAACCUCUGAGAGAGCUUCGCAAUUCAGCAAAUACUCCCGUGUCCCAACGCCAGUCCCGACACACAACAAAGACGGAUGGUUCUUCUUCCCCCGCCACAUACCUGCCCCACAAUGAGUCGCUGGAACCCAAUGGGACUCUGACCGUCCGCAAUAGCGACCCUCCAUCUUCCUCUGGACGCAAGCGCGUCUCGCAGAUCGCCAACGAGUAUGAGCGCGACUCGAAGCGGAAUUCUGCCAUCUCGACCACAUCCACCAAUGCUUCUGGCAGGAAGCGCAAGCAAUUCAUCGGUCACUGGCAAUUGGGUAUGACAAUCGGCACAGGUGGUUGCUCUCGGGUACGGAUCGUCCGCCACAGACACACCCACCAGCUCGGUGCUGUAAAAAUCAUCACCCGGUCCAAUGCCSAAACCACCCGAGCGCAGAGUCUGGCAAACCUCAUCGAGAGCACAAAGGGGAGCUUGAAUCACGCGCCUGGACAUAAGCCUAUUCCUUUCGGCUUGGAGCGCGAGAUUGCGGUGAUGAAGCUGCUGGAGCAUCGAAACAUUGUCCGUCUGUACGAUGUUUGGGAGAACCGCAAUGAGCUAUAUCUCAUCAUGGAGUAUGUCGAAGGCGGCGAGCUUUUCAACUACGUCGACGACCGCAAAGGCCUCACCGAGGAUGAGACUUCUCAUAUUCUCCGACAGAUAGUGUCCGCGCUUCUCUAUUGCCACCGUAUGCUCAUCUGUCACCGGGAUCUCAAACCCGAAAACAUCUUGCUGGACCGAAGCACUCUGACGGUCAAGCUCAUUGAUUUUGGCAUGGCUGCUCUGCAGCCUGAAGGCAGACUACUCAGCACACCCUGCGGUAGCCCACACUAUGCAGCUCCAGAGGUUGUCAGCAAUCAGCCCUACGACGGAACGCAGGCCGAUGUUUGGAGCUGCGGUGUGAUUCUCUAUGUCAUGCUGACCGGCACAACGCCAUACAACUACUCGAACAACAACGAUAUGCGUGAGCUUUUCCGCGACAUUGCUCGCGCUCACUACUUCAUGCCGCCCAGUCUCAGCCGGGAAGCUCAAGAUAUGAUUCGACGGAUAUUUGUGCCCAACCCUAGAAGAAGGAUCACGAUGGAUGAAGUCUGGGACCACCCUUUCCUUCACAAGUACAGUACCAAGUAUGGGUACGUAGGCACAAAGGCGACCAAGGAAUGGGCAGUAGGGGUGGCACCACAGAUCGACCAAUGGAAGAUCAAGCGCAUCCAGGACAUUGACCGUGAGAUCCUGCGCAAUAUGCGAACAUUGUGGCACAGUGAAGCAGAGCAGAGCUUGAUCGAAAAGCUUUUGAACGACGAGCACAAUCAGGAAAAGCUCUUCUAUGCAGCGCUCGUAAAGCAUCGGGAAGAGCAUCUUGAGAAUUAUUGUGGCGACAUGGACGACAUCAACUAUUCAGCCAGCGAUUAUCACCACAGCCGACCUCCUCCGCCCCAGGGAGCGCCACCUCUACCGAUGGAAGGGGCACAGCGUUCUCAAUCCCAAUACUCCAUCAUGAACGAUGAGCACCUCCGGCCAAGCCAGAGUUUCGUGGGGCCGCCACCGUCGAUGAGCAGUUAUGACCCUUAUCGUGCUUCAAAAGACCCGCUCGUCAGUUCCCCUGGUGAGUAUCUGAGCGUCACCGUUCAUCGCAACGGAACCACCRGUACUGGAAGAGCGAGCAAAGGCGGCCGAAAUCUUCGGCAUCCAAAUUCGGCUCGGAUUGAGACUCUUAAGCAGGUCAGCCGCCGGGCAUCGAUACAAUCGUCGUCGAGCCUGCAGCGCUCAGGCCGCAGUAAACAAUCACUGCUGCGGUCUUCCAUGUCGAGACAUUCGAUGGGCAGCUGUAAUAUGCCCAGCAGCCCUCCCGUCGUUUUGGCGAGGCUGCCAUCUGAUGCUCACAAGCGUGCAGUCAACUUCGGACACAUAAGACGAGUGUCGACUGCGAGUGCCUUGACUUCCCAGGCCUCUACCCGAGCAUCGGCGCCAGAGACCCCAUGCAUGCCCGGACACCCUCGUGAACAUCGUCUCAGGGCCUAUGCCAAGAUGAAUGAGGCUGCUGGGUCCAGUCCAACAGUGCAUGCAGAGCAACCGCUCAAGUCUCGUAAAGAGAGAAGCAAGUAUCCUGCCAGCGAACAUCACCGCAUCAAAGCUCGCAAGUCACAAACCCCAGGACACCACAUGCGCAAUGACAUUCGCAUGCACAGCGCCGAGCUUGAGAAGGCGUGCGAGGAAGCUUUUCAAAUCCGCGAAUCCUUUGGUUCGACUGUCACCGCCCGAACCCAGGGCUCUGCGUCAGACAGGCAUGCACCGUACGAUACCCCGCCCUCUUCUAUCGCUGCCGUGACGCCGGAGGUGUCGUCGAAGACCGCCAUUCGACCUUUGCCAGAGCUGCCAAAGGAUACACCUAACACAUACCUGACCAGAACUUUGGAGGAAACGCGCAACAAGCUGGCGGCAUACAAGGGAAGCGACGACGAGAAUGCCACCAAGUUUGAUGAAGUCAUGAAGAUGUUAGACAAUAUAAUGCCCGGAACCAGCCCAUCGAUGGAGAGGCGGAUAAUGUCUGCUCCCGAAGCCAACAAGAUCGCCGAGCAGUUUGGCUUCCUCCCAAUAAUAUCCGAAGAGGGUGGUGAUCAGCGAAACAGCAAGGAUGGUGGUAACUGGCAUCGUAGUGUGACAGCUCCUGUUACCAAGGAGCGGAAGCCUGCUGAUCGAACCAUCCGGGUUGUGCCGCAAUCUUCCCCUGCUAUUGCGCCGCUCAAUGUCCACAAGAGAAGUUCUGGAAGUCCAGCUAGCGAGRCAAGCCCAAGUCAGAGGCGGAUUGACACACAGAUGUCCAGCAUGGCAUCCAGCACGGCAUCCAGCACGAAGCGUGCGAAUGAGCCAACUCAGCUUAUGGCGAUCGAUGAAGACAGCACCUUACUGACAACACCGACGAUCAUUCGCAAGAAGCGAUCCGGAUGGUUUGGCCGCAACAAGCGGCAGGGAGAAACAGACGCAGAGACUACUUUGGCAUCUUCUGCUUCGAUGGGUCUGGGAGGCAAAGCAGGUGACCGUCACACGCAGACUCUCACAAGUACUGAUAUUACCACUGGAGCAUCCCCACCAGCCGGUUCAGCGAUCUCGAGCGAGUUCCCAAUCCGAAAGCCUCGCUUUGGUGCUGGCAAGAAUGGAUUAUCCAAGUGGAUCGGGAAGAUUGGUCGAGAUAAGGGAACUGACACUACGAUGACUGAAGGAGAAGUGACCGCCACCACGAUUCCGUCAAGGAAUUCUGGCUUCUCGUCAGCAUCUCCAACACCAUCCAGCAACGAUUGUCCUCCUACAUCUUCAGGUCCUGAGCGGUCUUGGUUCGCGCGCUUCUUCCACCUGAAACCCGCCGUGCAGAUCCUCUGCUUCAGCAUUUCAAGAGGCCGAGCUCGACAAGAGUUGGUAGUCCUCUUGAAGGAAUGGAAGCGCCACGGUAUCCGGGAUCUGGAAUAUUCGCGCGAGAACAAUACGAUCACUGCACGGGUGGACAAGGUCAACUCGUUGGAGAUCAAGCCUGUGACUUUCCGAAUCGAGCUGUUUGUCGUGCUUGAGCACGGCCGUAAGGUCGACUUGUCGAUUGCUCGCUUCAUUCAGGUGAAGGGCGCUGCGAGCGGUUUCCGGAGAGUGCUGGAAGUCAUUGAUGGCGUUAUGAGAGCACGCUCUUGGCUGGUCGAGGACGAAGACAAGUGGCGAGCUCUGUGCGAAGUUGUUGGAAGCUGA